AUGCAAGCGCACAUCCUCUCUAUUCCAGACGAAACCAGAUUCUGGCAGUCCAACGGUCUGACCACGUUUGUGCUGCAGUGGCAAAACUACAAGUCCGUUGGUCUCCUCGAUUCGAUCCAGAUCCGCACCGCGCUGGGCCUCUCGUACCCUGUCCGCCUCAGCGCCAGCGCAGGUUUCAUGCAUUUGAGCCAAGAAACGUCGCGCAAGAUGUACUGGGCAUUCGCCAGCGACCUCUGGGCCGUCACUUGCAACACCUCGCGCAUCGUCGGUCAGAGCCUUCUCGCCUCAAGCCCCCGCUUUGCCUACCGGAAUGUAUCCAGCGAGCGUCUACUCCUCUCCAACGGCUCGUUCAUCGCGUCGCCAGUCUCGGCCGGCUUGGCGUCGCUCCGAGCCGCGGUCGGGCCCUUCAACGCAGUGGAUAUGACGUUUGUACCUCUUCCAAGCGCGCUUCUCAGCGUGUACACGGGCCUAGCCAACGCUCUCUCGACGCUCCUGCGCCAGAACGCGUCGGCGCAGGCCGCGUUCUUUGAGCUACGGGUUGCCGCCAGCAUGGGUGCGCUGCCAUCGGCGUACGCGAAGCGAUGGACGAUCGGCAGCAACCUCCUCUGCGGGAACGAUGUGCCGCCCAAUGCCGUCGCGUUUGGCUGGAACACGUACUUUGGCAUGUCGAGCAUGUGUCACUCGUACUACAACGAGUACAUCUUUCCGACGCGGCUGCAGCUGCUCCUCGCCGUGCUAACGAGUCGCCGCACCCACUACACUGCGGUUUGCGCUCUCGACAUUUACGCCAGCAGCACCUGCGCGGCCGAUUAUAGUGCCUACGCUGCGUUUGCAACCACGUACAAUGUAUCGAUCGACGCGUCGCGUCUCGCGGCGGCCAGGACGGCCACGACCGCGCCGUCGCUUGUGCUCUACCUCCUCAACAACGCCAGCGCCGCCGAGCUCACGACCAUUCCGCUCCUCGAUGCGACCGAGAACGAGUGGAGCUUCUUUGGGUGGUGCUAUCUCUACGAAUGGAUUGUCGGUCUACGGGAUGUGGUUGCGUUCGAGGGCGACCAUUGCGUCGUCACCGCCAUCUCGAGCCGGUCGCACCCGCUCGUCUUUGUACCGGACGAAGCCAAAAUCCCGCACUCGCUCUCGUACCUCUUCCAGUGCGUCGUCCAGUACAUCACGACCGUCCUCUUGUGCGUCGCGGCGUGCGUCGCACUUAGCACACUAGCGCAGCGGGGCCACGUCGAGGGCCUCAACCUCUUUGAGCUCAACCGGAUCGUCGGCCAUGUCUGGAUCGGCCGGCUCUUCCUCAUCGUGCGCGCGAUCACGGCCAUGUGGCUCCUCAACACGAGCACGCUCCAGCUCACGCGCAUCGGCUAUGGCACGUGGUUUUCGGUGCCGAGCUUGCCGUG